AUGGGAGAAUCAACAUCAACACGGAACGCACUACAAGAUCUGCCUCAAGAUUGUUGGGUGCAAAUUCUGGAUCAAAUAUCUCCAUCUGACACCGCAUCUGUAGUGGCCACGUCGCGAGACCUACAAGUCUCCUCGGAAAGCUCAUUAUAUCGUCAUGUCAAGAUCGACUGGAUCAAACCACCUCUGAAACGGGUGCUGAGCCUAUUAAAAGUGAUUCAUGAGCGUCCAGAUCUCGCAUCUCAAAUUCAUCAUGUUAGCAUGAUCCCUUCCAAACUGGAGUAUCCGGCAGAAAUGCAGAUACAAAAAUGGAAUCCGCCGCAGAUCGAUGGAGACUGGAACCAACUCUCGUCUCUAUUCGAGAAAGAAGUCAACGUGGCAAAAGAUAUCGUCACCAAGGCACAGUUUCCAUCACUCGCCAAAUGGAUCUGUGCGCUGGAAAAAGGCGAUCCAUACGCCUUCGUGGCAGUUAUUCUUUCUCAGCUUCACAAUUUGAAGUCGCUGGAGCUAGACUACACUUUCGUGUGGCAGUCAGGGUUCCCCGGAUUGAUGGUACGACAUGCUCUUCUCUCAGCGCCUGAAGGCUCCUUGUCUCGAUUUGCUGAACUGUCAAUCGUCGAGUAUGGCAUGAAUGUUCCUCAAUCUCGAGAGUUCCAUGAGCUUGGUGCGAAAUUUAUCGAUGCAUUUCCUCCAUGUGACUCGGAGCAAUUCGCAGGCUGGUUCUAUUUGCCUGCUCUGAAAUCUUUGGAGAUCUGGCUCCAAAGUCUAGAAGGCGUCAAAGAUGAAUUGUCCAAACCUGCUGGAUCGAGCAAGCUAAAAAGCCUACCCCAGCUCCAGAGGCUUGUGCUGGCUGAAUGUCCCAUCGAAGAGGGCGAAGCCAGAGAUCUUCUGUUGCACCUGUCCUCGUUGAAGAGCCUUCAUCUGGGACUUGUAUACCCGUCACAGGACAGAGAGCUCGGCUGGAGUGAAGCAUCUGCCAGACCACCUCUCAAAGAGCCUGGUGUGCUGAUUGAAGGGCUGAUGAGUGUGAAGGAUACACUCGAAGACCUGUCAGUUGGCAUGGAGCUUUGCCCGCUUUACUACCCCAGUGUGUGGAGUUCUCACAACCGCGACAAUAGAACUCCAGAGGAAAAUUUCAAGCAAUGUAUAGGAAUUCUGAAGCAGUUUCAGCGCCUUAAAUCGGCAGAAGUUCCAUCCGUCAUGCUUCUCGGCUGGACUAUUGACGAUGCACCUCCCAUUUCUGAGGUUUUGCCGCCAACGCUUCAGAAACUAGCUAUCCGAGAUCAAUUGAUUCACUCGGAAGAUUUUGAGUUGGAAGAUGAGAUAGUCACGGAAGCUGUUCAGGAUUAUCUCCCAUCUGCAAAAUCCACGACACCGCUGCUGGAUACAAUUAUGUUCCGUAGUUUCUCUAUGGGUAAAGGGCGCGAAUGGAACGAAGACAAUGCUAAAGAGCUUCGAAAUCUGAGUGCAGAGCUUGGGUUGGAUAUUGACAUCAGCAGUGUUAUAUCUAAUGUUUCGCCAGGACUUUGGACGGUGCAUAGAGAAUUCCAUGAAGCAUCCCAUAAGGAUUGUCGAUAUAUGAAACGUUGA